AUCAGAAGAUGCGGAAUUGAACUGCUUUUUUUUUCCCCUCAUGUUGAAAACUUGAGAUUGUUCCAUCUUCUAUGGCAUCCUUUUCUAUCACUGGUCCCAUAAAAUGCAAAAGAAUUACCUCAUUUUUUCCACUGUCCUUUUCUACUACCUAUAAUUCUUGUAAUAUUUCCAUUCCUAGAAACAUAACAAGAAAAGUUCGUGCACGUAGCAAUACCCUAUCUUUAUUUUCAUACCAAUCCUCGAUGCAUAGGAGCUUGUAUUAUGAGAAGCAGAGAGGCCUAUCCCUGAUUGCCUUUGAUGGUAAUAACUCAGAAUCAGAAGGAGAAGAUGGUCAUCAUGGCCUUGACUCAGUAAUGAAACUGUACUCUGCCUUCAAGAACAAAAAAAUACACGAAUUAUCUGCAGAUGAACGCCGACGUGUGAGCAAUUUCCUCUCAUUCUUCGAAACCUUCCAAGGAAGAACGCAAGUGUUGGAAUUCUUUUCUUAUCUGACAAGUAUACUGGGAAACAACAUUCAAAUUAUAUUUAAACCGACUCCCCAUGAAGGCGUAAAUGCUGGUCUUCAGUGGAAAUUCGAAUGGGACAAGAUACACCUUCCCCUUUGGAAGGGUUUCAGCUUACACAUAAGCCACACUUACCACGGAAGGGCAGUAAUAAGGAAUAUUGAGACGUUUAUGGAACCACUGCUCCACUUGAGACCCUUCGGACUGAAAAUGAAAAUAGGCCUUAGAGAAUUCGUGGAGAAGAUAGCCUCAUUUAUGGUGUCAGAAUUCGGGAAUAAGGCUAAAAGAAUUUUAUACCUUGUGCUGGCUGUGUCUUCCCUAACUGCUUUCUUAUUCUUCAUGAAACUAGCUUUAUAGAAACCUGUCUUUUGGAUCAUGCCAUGGUCAAUUUAUUAAUUUUAGUGGCAAAAAGUAACAGUUUGGUUUUAACAAGGUAGCCUUCUAGACAA